AUGUAUGUCGUCUGUCAGAAACAGGGAUGCAGGAUCGAACUGACAGCCCCUCGCUCUCUUCCAGGUUCCGAGUGCGCACCUAUGACCGCUGCAACUGGAUAUGUUAGGGUGGUCGCCUCUGCGGUUCGUUUGGUAACAUCCAUGAGAGAACCUGGAGGAAUUGAGGUCCAUCACACCCUGUUUAUUGUGUCUGCUUACCCCCCAACUGACUAUAGCCCUGAAUCUGCCAAGGACAGUUUCUAUGACGCUCCAGGUGCCCUUCUACGGCAAGCUAAUAGCUCAUAUAUCGUUGUGGCUGUUGGUGACACGAACGUCCACGUAGGUAGACUAAGCGCUGCUGAGGCCAUAUUGGGUGAUCGUCUUGGUUUGGACACGAGGCGCUCGGACAACGGGGUACGAAUUUGUACUUCCAUUGAAGAAUGUGUCCAGCACCAGAAGCUACGUUGGUUGGGACAUGUGUUACGUAUGCCGAACCAUCGUUUGCCGAAGAGAGUGCUGUUUUCCAUGCCCAAUUCAGAGUGGCGUAAACAGAGAGGUGGCCAACCCUUGACUUGGCAGAGGAGUAUGAAGGAGAUCACGAAACGCUUGGGUGCUGUCGGUGCUACUCGCCUUCCAGGAUGGGGACCGCGUGAUCCUCACUGUGCCUGGUUGGAGACACUACAAGAUAUGGCUGCCAACCGAUGUCAGUGGCGUUCUUGUUGUCAGUUUCUCUCCAGAUUGCCUGACAUCGGUGUUGAACACUGGUGUCAUGCUGUCGAUGAUGAUGAUGGUAAUGAUGAUGAUGACGAAUUUCCGGAACAGCUGGAAUCGCUUGACAAUGUGCCCACCAACAAACCAGCCCCGAAUCCAGAUGGACAACAUCGCCGUCAGUUAUUUUGUGGCGAGGGUCGAUCACCGCCUGCCGCUCCUUCUGGAACAUCACCGUGGAUUCCAAUCAUGCAGUUGUACGGUGUUGCUUUUCAUCGUGUACGCAAAUCGCGCACACCUCGCUUAGCCAUUGAGAAGCUAGUGGACCCAGAAGUCCAACGAAUUUAUCAGAACCAGUUCCUCAAACACCUGUUGGGCGGUACGAUGUCGGAUAUAAACAGUCACUGGGGAAAGAUAUCCAAAGCGCUACUCAAAGCUGGAAUGUCUGUUUGCGGUACAAGCCAGCCCAUCUCAUCCAAACAUAGGAUCUCUGAUGGGACCGUGUUUUUGCUGGAGACCCGAUACCUCCUGGCCGCCAACCAGAUACAUCAUCCGACGCCAGGUGAAACUCAGUAUCCGUGCAGAAGUUUGGUUGACCUGAAAGGCCGAAGAAAUGUGAGAUGCAUAAAAUGCUGGAAACGCCCACAAGCUGUUCCACUUGAUUCUAAUUCGAGCAGCAUUCAGCUAGCCAACUGCUACCUUCAAUCCACAAUCCUGACCUUCAACAGAAGGGUGGACCGUGGAUGUGAAGCCGCCUUGAGCCUCAGAACUGUCCGUCGUCAUGUUGCUGCUGGUCCUGACAACCUUCCACCUUUUGUUUUCAAGGUUGGCGGUGGACUUCCUAUUUGGAUCUAUCUGGGCGAAAGAAACCGUCCUAGACAACGGGUGAAUCGAUACUGGUGCCCACUUUCAAAGAAGGUACUCGAAGUGAAUGUAGUAAACACAGAGGCGGGCGGGAGUGUAUGGCGAGCUCUCCAAAAGCUUCCCUACGAAAGUGAUGUCACACAAGGAUACCCACUCGCUCCAUUCUUGUUCAACUUCAUUGAUGAAAUGAUGAGGCGAACGCUGGACCACCUUCAAAACGCCAGUAUUCAAACCGUUGCUGGUGAGAACAUUGUCAAUCUGAAGUGCGCAAAUGACAUCACCCUCAUCUUUGAAGACCAAAGUGAAGCAAAAGUCCUGUUGAAUAGACUGACCACCAUCAUACCAUCUUUUGUCAUGCGCCUUGCACCUUCAAAGUGCAAAGUUAUGCUUCAGAACGUUCAGUCUGCGAAAAUAUCCCUUACAAUUCAAGGAGAAGAUUGUGGAAGCGUUGCUGGUGUAAUUCUGGUCGCUCGCACACCAAGAUUAUUAUCCAUGGGUGAAAUAUCCACGAGCACGGGGUCCACUGUGGACCCGGAAGUUUUGGAAAUUCAGAAGAAGUUGUACAAGGAGCAGCUUAUCCGCCAGGCCAUUGCAAAAAAGGGCAGUAAAUAUUACCCGGUGAAUAUCGAACCAACUCCUCUGGAAAGAGAUAGAUUGGCCCUUCCUUUUAAUGACCAAGAUCGGGCGCUCAGGAAGCAAUGGUUAGAUGAUCUGGUUCUGUCAGAACGCGAGCCAGUUGCCGUUCCAGAAUGGACUCGAGUGAACAUUUUUCGCCGCGCCUAUCGAAAACCGUUCGAUGUCCUUGCAGAUCUCGUCAAACCCGUGAUUGGUCCUACUUCUGCACGCUACUUUCGUUGGACGCUUCACAAAUUUACUUUAGGUUUGUUAGCAGGGUGGGUAAUCUGGUACAAAGCCAAGUAUGCUCCAAAGGGACAACCUGGCUUCCCAGAUAAUGUGGUUCUUACACGUGAAUUUGCAAUGGAAGAUUUUGAACGGCGAACUGCAUUAAAAGGCGACAAACUGCCAUUGACGUGGCCCGUCUCGGGGUCCCCAUCCAGGAAGACGGCAGCGACUAGCGCAGCUGAGUUUGCUGGUAAUGGCUUUCAUACUUCGCUGAAUAUCCGUCUUCUUCUUCAACCCGUCUUUCUGAACGUUCCUGGCUAUCACUCAAAUGUAUACAGAUAUCGUUCUCGUCUUCUCCGAGACAGAGAGAAGGCGCAUGUGUUUUUGGAUGAACUGACCAAAGACACACCCUCCUUUGGCAUGAACUUUGCACCCACACAGUGUAAGGUCAUGCUACUGGACAUGAAGUCACUGAACACGCCACUAACAAUCCAAGGAGGGGCGCUGGAAGUUGUGGAGCGUUUUAGGUACCUUGGAAGUCGUGUAGUGUCAGAUGAGGCCAGUGCACGAGUCUACAAGGCCUGGGUCGCGUUUUCUAAUUUGAGACACUCAUGGCAUCAAAGUGGCCGGUCCUUGUUUAUUGGUUGA